CUACAUACAGCAUUCAAAAUGUCUGACUCUGAGUUCAGCGACAGCCCAUCAGUGCAGAUCGAGCGCCAGCCCAAGCCCAAGAGAGCCAAGGAGCCGGCCAAGCGCAAAUCCUCAGCUAACAAAAGCGUUAGCAAUUGCCGUUCAAGGUCUGACUCUGAGUUCAGCGACAGCCCAUCAGUGCAGAUCGAGCGCCAGCCCAAGCUUAAGAGAACUAAGGAGCCGGCCAAGCGCAAAUCCUCAGCUAGCAAAAGCGUUAGCAACGACCAUUCAAGAACCAGUAAGAAAAAAACAACUGGCGUUUUCGACGUGUUCAACCUACAAGACGGUGAACCGGUCCUCGAACGACGUAGCUCAACGAAGCCAGCGUCGGUGUUGUACAACCGCGUGGCUAACGGGCAGACGCGGCGCACCGCGCAUCUCGACGGCGCCUUCUACGUGGAGCUGAAGGUGUUCAACGCGGCGGACGUGGACGCGGGCGGCGACGACCUGUGGAAGAAGUCGUUUCUGUGGCUGAAGCUGCGCACCGACGAAGACACUGCGCACUGGGAUCGGAUCCAAAAGUUUGUGAGGGAGGCUAGCUCUCUGUUCAACGAAUCGGAGGCCACAUUUGAUAAUGUAGUAAGCUCAGACCACGGUAUAGAACUAGUCAACUCCGCUUUUCGCAAUCGUAUAUCCACCUAUAAAGUAACUGCUAAAGAUGAGAAUGAGCAAUCAUCUCUGCCAGUGUUCUUCGAAAACCUCAGAGAUAAGCCUCAUGAUCAACACCAAGUUGUGCGUGAUGAAGAUAUCGCAAACAUUUUAAUUGCGCUCCCUAAUUCUGAUGACGAAUACGAGUUGGACGAACCACUUCUUCUCACCAAUGACGAUGAAGAUGAAAACUUCCUGGAGACUGAAAUUCAGAACGUACCAGUUGUUCCUCCACCACAUCAAGCGAGACUACAGAAGAAUUAG